AACAGUACAGAACAAAAUAAUAAAAGAAAUGGGGAUAAUGAACUCAAACAAAAUUCUUCAGGUACAUCCUUAAACAGACACUUGUUUCAGACUGAAUUGUUAAGUCAAAAGUCAGUCUCCAAGAAAAGGUGGCAACAAUACCAGCUUUUUCAAAUUCCAUUUUUGAGUGGUACCAAUUCUGUGUUUCCAUGCAUAGAAAAUAAAAAAAAUAAUUUUCUGGAAAAUGUAUGUUCUGCAGAGGAUAAAAAUUAUUCCAGUAGCGACAAGGAAACUACGGCAGAAAGAGACAAUAAAGAAAAAAAAAAUUCAUUGUAUAUUAUUCCAGCAUUGAAACCUUUUAAAAGUAUACAACCACUGGAAAUCCCCAAUUUUCAAUUUCCUAGGAUUUCAAAUAAAAUAAAUAGUAAACAAUCAUCAACUAACUCUAGGGAGACAGAUUGGAAGAAUUUUGAAAACACACCAUCUUUAAUGCAAUCUAAACAGACACAUGGCGUGCAAAAAAUGUCUGAGAUAGGGAAACAAAAAAUGAAAAAUGAUAAAAGAAGUGUAAGAGCUUCAACUGUUGGUUCUGAAUUUAAAGAAAAGAAUAGCCCAGCAAAUAAGAAACAGGAGCACAGUACUUUUGCAAAAGGAGAAAUAUCUGGAACUUAUUUCAGAUGCAACAGCACUGACAUUGAAUGUAAUAAAAUAUUUGCUGAAAAUGACUUCAAAGAUAAAAUGCUGGAGAAUUCAGAGGGUGAUGAUGACCAGAAGUCAAAGAUUUACAUUUACAUUAGUGCUAAAAAUGCUCAGAAUGAGAAAUGUGUCAGCUCUAAUGAUCUUUUGCAGAGAAGGGGGAGGAAGAGCACUAAUGAGAAUGCGGAAACAUUUAAUGUACAGAUGAGUAUUCCAGUAACAACAGAAGCAUUAGAGAAAAAUAAGUUAAACCUACACUGUGGUGUGCAUGAUUCCAACAGAGAUAUUAGUUUGUAUGAGGCAGAAUCAAAACUCUCCACAAAGGAAAUACUUGAUUUCCAAAGUUAUGUAACAAAAAAUAUUACAUUUGAAAGUAAUUGUCCUUGCAAGGUUGUGCAGGAUUUUCCAGAUAAGAGAGAGAGUUGCAAUAUAUUUAGGGGGAAGAAAAUGUUUGAAUUGAAAUUUUCAUUUCAAAACAUGUUGUUUGGAUGGGUCAGGAUGUGGACUGAGUCUUUCCAUGAAGAUAUGCCCACAUAUCAGGAGGACAGUGUUACACCUUGGUCUCAUUGCUGUGACAUAUUAAAUGAGCAGUGUGAUGCUCAAGAGUUGGUAAAGAGCACUAUAAAUAGGAACCACGACAAUAAAAUAUUCAUGUGUUUGUUGGCUGUUACUUCAAAGCAUAUGAAGGUAGAGGUACUAGAGACAAUUCUUGCUUCCUUUUUCAGUAGCACAAAUACUUUACUGACAACUGAGGGAAAGUCUGUGCAAGAGGAGAAAUGGUAUUUAUGUGGCAGAAAGCAAAAUCAGUUAAACUCAUGCACGGAUGAGUCUUUGAGGCAAACCACAGGAUUUCUUAAUGAAAAUGAAACUUAUCCAGGCUUUUUAAGUUCUAAAUUUGUGGAAAGCAUUGAUUUUGAGUUACAUAAUGGAUGCAAGAGAAGAUGCUUUUCUAGAACUUUAGGUGAAGAAGAGUACACUUUCCUACAAAGAGGUGCCCUCUUUCAUAACCAAAAAAGCAGAUUAUGUAAGAGAAGACUUGUCAGGAAACAUCAUCUCUUGCCCAGAAUGAGUGAAGGGUUUAGCACUGAUUUGAGGUCAAUCAGUCACAAAAACAGUAUGAAAAAGCAAAUUUUAGCUGCUAAAUGCCUGAUCUUGCUGCAGGGCUUUUCUAACUGUUCUUCACUACACAAGAUCUACUGCUACAAUGUCACAAAAGUACAGUAUCUGAUAGGAGCCAAUCUUAGAUAUCGGAGUUACUUUCCUGCUCAUUCCCAACUGGAAUCUGAAAAGGUGAAUAAGGAAAGCACAAGUCAGGAAAUAUCAGUAACUUCUGUAAAGCAGGAGAAGAAUAAGCCAAGCAUAAGGCUUAAUAGUUCUUUUCAUAUAGAAUUAAAUAAAGAUUUCCCUUUUGUUUUAUAUGAAAAUAAGAAACACAAACCAACUCGAUAUAGAACUUGCAUAACUUCUACAAAUGAAGUCACUAAUGAAGUAACAUAUACCAUGAAAAAAAAUUUGGGUAGCUCUAGUUAUAUAAAUGCUGAUGAAAAAUGUGUUAAUACAAAAGAGUGGCAAAUAAAUCAUCAUAAUUUUCUUUCUAAAAGAUCCUUUUCCAUAUUUGACACAUAUGAAAAAAUUCCCCUAGCUACUGAUCCUGAAGACUUUGACCAGAUCCCAGUUGUAAAGCAAGACAGUUGUAUCAGAAAAAAGUUUCGUGACGAAAGUGCAGUCACUGGUUCAAAAGAGAUUCAGUGUUUGCCUAUUAAAUCAAACGAUGUCUUAGUUCUGUCUGAGCAGCCAAAAGCAACCACAGAAAAAUAUAAUUCUCUCCUGUUGCUAGAUAGACAAACAAACAAACAUGAGAAUUGCAAAGAUUUAAAUACUUGUAGCCCACAUUUAGCAAAUAAAAAAGUAGAAGACCAAGACACUUAUUUAAAUUCUGAAAAUUUAUUUCCUAGUUCCUCAAAUAUUUAUCAGUCUGUCACUUUGCCAUUGGACAGCAGCUCUUUUGUCAACAGAGAAAUAAGUGAAGAUGGGCACUGCAGGAGUUCCUCAAGUGCAGACAAACAAAAGGCAAGUGAAACAAUUCCUGCCGUGGUACAGUAUCCAUCCACGGGAAGUCCUGCCAUGACAGAUACAUACUUGCAAUUUCAGGCUAAAGAAACAGCACAGUUUUCUUUGCGACGACAUGAACAGACAAAUAAGACAGGCAGCUCAGAGCCAGGAACUUUGAAACAUCUUGAAUAUGUAAAAGAACAGGAGGAGAGAAAUUAUGAACAAAUGCAUGUAACUAAUGAAAGUCAAUGUGAGACUGUGAUGAAUUACUUGAUUAUGUCAUAUUCAGAAGAUAAAGCUAAAACAUUCAUUGCUGAAGAAGAGGAAUUAAAAAUGCCUUUAUCCACUACGAACAAUGGAUGCCUUGAAGAUGUAAAAGAUAAGUAUUUACCCUUAGAAGAUAAAAUCACAGAUGAAUUCAAACUGAAGAGAAAAUUUGAUUUAGUACUAGAAGAGCUACAUAUGUUUCAUGAAAUUAGCACAGAAAAUGUAAACAACGUAUCUAGUUUGGAAACAAACUUGUCCAACGUUUAUUCGGAAUUAAAUAACGCUGAGGGAAUAGAUGAAAAUGUGGCAAGGGGUUCUCAAAGGAAGAUAUGUAUUUCUUCUCCAAUCUGUGGUACCACAAAAGGAAAACACAUAAGUGACAUUAAUGAAAGUUCAUUAAAUGAAAAGAUAUUAAAUGAAAAUGAAGACCAGAAAGAAUCUAAGGAAUAUUCUACUUCAGGAUGGUCAAGGGAAGAAUUGUUGCAUUCACCUGCAGAAGGUGCAGCCUAUAGAAAUCCAUACACAUGGGAUCCAGGCAGUCUUUUUAAGGAACAAAGCUAUAAUUUACAGAAAGAAGGAGGAUACUUUCUGUCUCGUGAUGUCAUAAGAGUACAGCCUCUGAAAACGUGCAAGGGCCCCAUCAGGAUUGGGCUGUCAAGAAAGGCUCAGCCAAAGAAGCUUCAUCCUUAUCUGAAAUGACUUACUGGAUUCUUUUACUAGCCUUCACAUCUGGGAUCACUCUACUUGAAAACUGUUGAAAUGUUUUAAUGUUAAUUUUUUUUUUUUUUUUUUUGGUACUUUGAUCUCUGUGGUUUAAGGGGUUUUUAGAUAUUAAUAUUGCAGUAUUUGCUAGUGAUUUAUUUAGGAAUACUCCUGCGAAUACUUGAUAGCAAAGGGAUUUAUAAUGAAUGUUUACUAGUAGAAGUUUUAAUGGAAGGGUGAAUUCCUUCUAAAGUUUAUGUAAUAUUAAUAAAAUCUGUCAUGUAUUUUUCAUCUAUUAAAAUAUACAGUUGAAAUUUUCUGUCACAUCCACACAUCCUUAGAAUCCUCUGUGUGUUUGUGUAGUUUUAAAAACUCAGUAAGUAUUUUUAAAGAGAUUUGUUACAAAUGUUUAGAGUGAUGUACAAGAGAAUUUCAGGAAGCUAAGUUUAGAUUGCUAAAAGAAGAUUAUGUUUUCAGCUUCAGAGGUUGUUUCCUCUGAGGUACUUUCAGUUCCAUGUACUUGUCCCAUUAGACAAAGAGUUGGAAAGGAAUAAAGCUAUAAAGGCUACAGACAGAUUGUCUCAUUCCGAGGGUAGUGAUUCCAUUGUAUAUAAGUGGAUGCAAAAUAACAGUACAUAAAUUCUGGAGAUUAUGUAUCUCAAGAAAUGGGGACACUUGGGCUGCUCUGGAGCAUACAGAUCUUGGUUAGGAACAUCUCUUAGUUGUUAUUAUACUGAUAUUUUUGUUGUAAAGAAUAGGGACAGUUUCAACCGAAUAAAAGCACAGCAAGAUACAAACCAGAGUGAAGUCUGAAAAAAAAUCCUGAAGUGUCAGAACAAGAGUAAUCUAAUAACAGGUAUACAGAAGAAAGCUUUAAGCCCUCUGUGAUUGCACAGAGCUUUUUAGAAAGAGCAUAUUUCACCCUGCAGUGGAUACGAGAAUUCCAGUAUAAAAAGUGUUACAGAACAGUGAUGGAAUAAUGAUAAAUCCCAAUACAAAUAAUAAUACAUGAUUGCAGCUGACACAAGGAAACUGAGCAAGCUGAACUGAUGGGGAAUUUAUCU